AUGAUAUGCAUCAUGGCCAAUAUGGCUGCUUUCAUAUCUCAUAAGAUUGAGGUGAUUGUAUUUGCUUGAAAAAAAGACAAGAUGAUUUUCCAGUGAAUUAUCGUGAGCAUACGUCCUGCUUGAUAAUAAAAUUACACGAGCGGCAGGAUUCUCCAAGGUUCACUGCGAUUUCCAAAGAGAUCCUGCGCAACUAUAUAAGUAUUAUAAAAAAAAAGCACAGUUUAAGAUGGUGAAGUUGUAUGCAUUGACUGUUCUGUAUAAAAGUCCUACAUCGGCUACAACAUUGAAAGCUGCUUAUGAUGUAGAGUCAUUCUCAUUUUUUCAAAGAAACAGUAUUAAGGAAUUUAUGUGUUUUGUCAGUAAAACAAUUGUUGAAAGAACGCAGACAUGUGCUAGACAGAGUGUCAAAGAAGCAGAGUACAUGUGCCAUGUAUACGUGCGCGCCGACAAUCUUGCCGCAGUACUCAUCUCGGAUCAUGAAUAUCCCAGGAGAGUGGCGCAUACCUUGAUCACGAAGGUGAUGGAUGAAUUUGCAGUGAAGAAUCUGCCAUCGACAUGGCCUACGCUCAAGGAGACCACUGCUGAUUUCCCACAGAUCAAUACGUAUCUAGCCAAGUAUCAGAAUCCGGUCGAGGCGGAUGCGCUUACGAAAAUGCAGAAUGAUCUAGACGAGACAAAAAUUAUCUUGCACAAUACCUUAGAGGCAGUUCUGCAGAGGGGGGAGAAAUUGGAUGAUUUAGUCUCCAAAUCGGAGGGACUUAGCGCUCAGUCGAAGGCGUUUUACAAGACUGCACGGAAAACCAACUCCUGCUGUAGUUUAGCUCCUUAGGACGUAUGUUUCUUUAUCUUCAGCGAUCAUUACUUCGAUAUUCCGAUAAAAAGAUGUGACUUUAUAAUCUUCGCGAUAUAGAAACGUAAAUGAUAUUUAUAUAACUCGCGGAAAGGAUGACAUGUGGGAGGAAGUAGGAAAGGUUUAGCUAAUAAAUGAAAAGAUAUAAUGGAGGGUAAUCAAUUUAAUUUUUUUCGACGGAAUAUAAUUUGUUGAAUUUUUAAUUCAAUAACAGGCAAAAAGCAAACCACUGCCGGUUUCCUCCCAAUUAAAUGGAAUUUUUUAUAUAAAUGUUAUAUAUGCCCGUAGAAUUUGUCUACUUGCGAGAAACGGUCCUAAACACAAUUGUGGUUACAAAUGAGAAUUACUUCCGAGAUGAACUUUAUGUGAGGGGAAAUGAUUGUAAUGGAAUUUCUACAGUGUCAAAGGUCGCCUUAAACGUAACAUUCCGAAUGUUAAUGUGCCCUUUUUAUGUCUAAAAAAAAAAAAAAAAACGCAACUAUAGAAAUUUUAUCAUAAAAAUCUCGUGGA